ACAGGGAAACCAGGAAACGGCGUACCGGAGAUGCUCGACCGGCCCAAUAAAAGGCAGAAUGUCACAGGGGUGAGCAAACGAGACGAGACCAGAGCUGCUCUGAAACCUCCAAAAAGUUGAACGGAGAAGCGGAGAGACUAAACUUUUGUAUUUUUAAAGUGAGAAUAGGCAGGAUGUGCAGGGCAAUUCUGCACAUGCUGGUCCUGUUGAUAUCUCGCUGUCAGCCUUCUGUUGAGAAUGAUGUGGAGGUCACAGCUUCCUGUCCACAGGACCAGAGGGCAUUUCGAGGUUCCUGCUUUGAGCUUGUGGGUCAGCAGCUCCCUUUUCACAGAGCUCAAGAUUGGUGUGAGGAGAGCGGAGGACACCUCGCAUUCAUCCCAGAUGAAGAAACUCAAAAUUUUCUCGAAAGACACUUGGACACUGAAAAGGACCUGUGGCUCGGACUGGCACAGUCCAGCUCCCCAAAACGGUGGUUUUCUGUGCAUGCUGAAGCUCCUCUUUUCUCUUGGCUGAAUGGUUCACCUCUCACCUUCUCAAAUUGGGUGAGCAGCCCACAGCCGGGUGCAGCUUGUGGAUACAUACUGAGAGGCUCAGGCUUUCAGUGGGAGGCCACAAAAGACUGCAACAAAAACAUGCACUUCAUCUGUCAGUUUGAGCCUGGAAGAAGAAUUGUAUGUUUGGGUCACAACACCACUCUGCAGUGUGGGUCUGGUCAAGUGUUAAUGAUAGAAGGGGCCCUAUUCGGUCGCGACAACAUUCAUUACUGUCGGCCCAGGUUCUCCACACCAGCAUUCAAACAGCAAAGGUGCAGCCAGGUGGAUGCUGCAGCCUCCAUUAAAGAUCACUGUCAAGAGCAUCAAAUCUGCAGGAUCAGUGAAGUUAUGAGUUCAUUUGAUGACCUCUGUCCUGAGCUGAAGAGCUACCUGACUGUGGACUAUCACUGCAAAGUUGUGCUCACACUGUCAGUGCCAAUCGUGGCUGCUGUUUAUGAUGACAUCGUCAUUGAAAGCAAAUGGCAUAGACAAUCAUCAUGGGGAAACUGUGUAUUAAAGACUGGAGAUGGCCAUAUUUUUCAUCUGCGCGAUCUGAAUGGGUUGAAGAGCAGUGUCAUGCAUAAAUACACUCGUCCAAGUACAUUUGUUGUGGCGCUUGAAUGCACCAACAGUGAAAGACACAUUACAGCCCAGGAGAUAAUUACAAUUGAAGAGCCUGUUGCAGAGAUUGGUGCCAUCAGAUGCUUUGCUGGAAAUUCGUCUUUUUAUGAAACCGACUGCAGAGCCCUGUAUGGAGGAGCAUUUAGAAUUCAAAUAGGAGUAAAAUCAGGAACAAAUGUGGCCUACAGAAUACAAAUGAACGAUACACUGCUAGCUGCCUUACAUGUGUUGCAGGGAAAUGUUCCCCAGAACAUCACAUUGAGCCCAAAAGCAGUGAAGGAGCUUGGCCCCGGCUGCCACAAGUUGACUCUUUAUGCAUCGAACUUGGUAACUUUUCCAGAGGUUUCUUCAAACCUUGAGGUUUGUGUUUUGGAAGAAUUAGCCGGACUUCAGGCCAGCCUGCUGAAAGAGACAGAUGAUUGUUUUGGCUCUACAUCCAUUAGUCUUGGAGUUUCACUUGACCGCGGAGAACCAGUCCUGCUCCUCUUCUCACUGACUGGAGAAAAUGGGACGUUUUCUGAAACCAGAGAAAUGAAUACAAGGAGGGAAUCUUUUGUAAUCAGUCACCCAAUUCAAGAAAAGCAUCUGCUAUGCAGUAGUAACAGAGAAGUGAUAGUUAUUUUCCUUCCCCUCGGGGACAGCAGCUCUAACUACAACCUCCUAAUAACAGUGACUGCAAAAUACGACAGCUUUGAGGCUAGCACCACUCUAAAUCCACAGGUUUUGGAUGCUAUACCAGACUCGAGCUCAGUGGAUAACCUCAACUUGUCUAUAGUGAAUGCUUUGGAUAAGCUAAAUAACACAGGUAUACUAUCAGGAGAGACUAUCGGAGAGAUUUUUAACUCUGUGUCUGAAAAGCUGAAUAGCCAAACUGAUGAAUCAGAAAAGAAAGACAGACAAGAGCUGAGACAGAAGAUGCUGGAUUUGAUGAUUGGCAUAAUAAAGGAAUCACCUAUAAAAACUCCAGAAGAAACUCAGGUGGUUGCCAGAGGGCUUACUUCUCUCAUCCAGAAAGGCGAUGAACUCGGCUUGUCCGCACAGGUUGAUGCCGCUACAUUGUUUGCCAAUCUCAGUUUAUCUGUUCUGGAUAUGGAUUUGAGCACAGCUGAAGACAAGGAAGCAGUUGUCACUGCAUCAAGCAUCAUUGUGGAGGGACUGGGCAAGAUCUUGGAGUAUUCAUCCGACAAAAACAUCUCUGAUGCUCUGCUUCGUGCUCUAAGCACUAUACAGAGUGCUUUGUUGAAAACGAUGAAGGUUAAUGAAGGUCCAACUAUAAUACAAAAACCUCAUAUUAAUUUGUUCGUCAAUAGAGUGAGACGUGAGAGUUUACACACGGAGUCCAUAAGUGUUAACUUAAGUUCUCAGCCUACAUUUUCUCUGCCACAACUGCCCUCUAACAUGUUUUCUUCAGAGGAACCAGUGGAUGUUCGGAUGCUGAGUUUAGAUAAAAACCCCUUUUCUUGGAACGAGAAAGGAAACAUCAGUGGACUAAUAGGUGGUCUGUCUCUCACAAGACAAGAUGGAUCCGGUAUCCCUGUGGAGAACUUAAGUGAAGAUAUUGAGAUUCUGUUGCCAAGGCCUGAUGGAGAACAAGUGAACUCUUCUGUUUUGGAUCUUGGGAACUACAGCACCACAGCCAUAGAAGUUCCUUCAGCAGACUCUACUCUGCUAUUAAAGAUGGUGCCUUCAGUGGAUCCUUUACCCUUCAAACUGUUCCUGGGUUACAUGGAUUACCCCACUGACACAAAUUAUGUAGCGAUGACCGAGAUGCCCCUUCCGGGAACUACUCAAGAAGAAAGAUAUACCUGGCUUCUUAGCCCCGCACAUUUAAAGGGGAACACUGGAUUGCAUUAUCUGGUGGUGAGGCCUAUUGUUGGUCCAGGUAUAAAAUCUAUCAAUGCCACGUUAUCUAUUACUCCCAUUACAUCUUCAUGCAAAUUUUGGAAUGAAACUCUGCUGGACUGGAAGGAUUCUGGAUGCAGAGUUGGUGUCAAGACCACACAUUUAGUCACCCAGUGCCUCUGCAAGCACCUUACUUUCUUUGGCAGCUCUUUCUUUGUGACUCCAAAUCUGGUCGAUCCUUCACGCACUGCUGAGCUUUUUGCAACCUUUGCUGAGAAUCCAGUGGUUGUGUGCUUUGUUGGCGCUCUAUUUGUGACCUACCUCCUCGUGGUUGUGUGGGCCCGAAGAAAAGACAUCAAAGACACAGUCAAGGUAAAGGGUACGGUGCUGGAGGACAACGACCCCAUGGACAAUUAUCGCUAUCUGUUGUGUGUUUGCACUGGACAUCGUGUAGGUGCCUCCACUUCCUCACAGGUUAUAGUCACUCUGCUGGGUGCAGAUGGAAACAGCAAGCCUCACCACCUGACUGAUCCAAAGAAACCUGUUUUUGAGAGGGGAGCGGUGGAUUUGUUCCUGCUGACUACACCCUCCUCUUUGGGCGAGCUGCAGGGCAUCAGAUUAUGGCACAACAAUUCUGGGAGUCAUCCUGCUUGGUUUGUAGGCAACGUCCUGGUGCAGGAUUUACAGACAGAACAGAAAUGGUAUUUUCUAUGCAAUUCCUGGCUGGCAAUAGACAUGGGUGAUUGCUGCCUCGAUAAACUCUUUCCUGUUUCUACAGAGAUGGAUCUGAAGAAAUUCAGUAAUCUGUUCUUCAUGAAGACAGCGAGGGAUUUUAGUGACGGCCACCUUUGGUACUCUGUGAUCAGUCGACCACCGAGCAGCACUUUUACUUGUGUACAAAGGGUUUCCUGCUGUUUCUCCCUGCUGCUGUGCACCAUGCUGACCAGCAUCAUGUUUUAUGGGAUCCCAACAGACCCCUCAGAUCAGGUCAUGGAUUUGGGUCACUUUGAGUUCACCUGGCAGCAGUUCAUGGUCGGGGUCCAGAGUUCCCUCAUCAUGUUUCCAAUAAACCUCCUCAUAGUCAGCAUCUUCAGAAACACUCGUCCUCGGGAGACGUCUUGUUGUUGCAGCAAAACAAAGAAAGCGAGUCGCCUCCAGCAAAAGGGCGCCGUUUCUUUGCAAGCGACAACCACCGCCACCAACAAUGGAAGCGUCACUUUAGACAUCAUCAUAAAAGACAUUUCAAGAAUCCUUCAGUCGCUCUAUGAGCUAACCAAAUGCAACAUCCCAUCCAACGAGUCUGAAUUUGGGCCUGGAAGAGAAACUGACAUCAGUGCUGUCCUUGCUGAGGUGGAAGAAUUUCUCAAACAGAAUACGAAAUGCAGCAAUGACACCCAGACAAAAGCACAGUCUCAACUAACAGACGAGGGGAUUCAGAAGAAGAGCAACAAAAUCCAGCAUCUACACAGACAGAUAUGUCAUCUUGCAAAGCAGCUGAGUGUGAUGGGCACCUCCAGCUUCCCCAGCCCACAAACUUUCGAUAACGCCCUGCGGCAGGUCCAGGGGAUGAAGAGCUUCCUUGAAGAUCAGUUUCUCGCAUCAAGCCAUGUGGACCAAGAUGACCUUAUAUAUGAGAAGAAUAUUCCUGAGCAUGGCACGUCAAGUGGUGGUGGUAAAAAGAAAAAGCCACAGCGUCGGGGUGUGUUACCCUGGUGGUUUGUCUUUGUUGGCUGGUUGCUGGUGAUUGGAACCAGUUUUGUAUCGGGAUAUUUCACAAUGCUGUAUGGACUGAAAUUUGGGAAGGAGCGCUCCAUCAGCUGGUUGGUGUCCAUGAUCAUCUCCUUCUUUCAGAGUCUUCUCUUUAUUCAGCCAAUAAAGGUGAUAUGUCUUGCAGUCUUCUUCGCAUUGGUAAUAAAGAGAGUUGAUGAAGAAGAUUUUGAAAAUGUGGCAUUUGAAAGAAACCCUGGUGAUCAAAAUAAUCAACCCACAAAGCAAAGGGAUCACCACCUCUAUGAGCCACCUCCUCCUGCAGACAUCGAGAGAAUGAAAAGGAACAAGAUUAUGGAACAGAAGGCCUUUGCUUUGCUCAGUGAGAUUUUGGUUUAUAUGGGAUUCAUGUGGAUGUUGCUGCUGGUGGCCUACGGCCAGAAAGAUCCCAACGCUUUUUUCCUCAAGAAGCACAUUAGAAAUAGCUUCGCUAAAGAUGUCCCAGACACCAUGACUCUUCAGGAUGUGUUUACAUGGGCUAACACCACUUUGCUCCAAAACCUUUUUGGUGAAUACCCAGGAUUUAUUACAGAUGGAAACUCCAAGCUGGUGGGGAAUGCCCGUCUUCGCCAGUUAAGAGUUCAGCAGAAGUCAUGCCAGACUGCAAGUGUCAUGAUUGCAUUAGCGCCGGACUGUCAUGCCCCAUAUUCAUGGGAGAUAGAGGACAUGGGGUCCUACGAACCUGGCUGGAAUCAUUCUGUUAAAGAUAAUAUUUCUGUAAGCGCCUCCUCUCCAUGGACGUACCAGAGCGAAGCCGAGCUCAGGACUCAGCCUGUCUGGGGAAGACUGGUGCUCUACAGAGGAGGGGGCUUUGUGGCUGAGCUUGGCCCAGAUUUUGAAAAUGGAAGCAGCACACUUGAGUAUCUUUUCCGCAGUAAAUGGCUCGAUAAGUACACAAGGGCAAUCUUUGUGGAGUUCACUGUUUAUAAUGCAAAUGUGAACCUCUUCUGUAUCGUCACACUCUUGAUGGAGACCCCAGCAGUAGGAGCAUUUCAGUUCCACAGUGAACUGCAGGUUAUUCGUCUUUACCCGUCAACAGGGGGUCUUUACUUCUUCGUCAUGGCUGCUGAGAUCAUUUAUUUGCUAUUCAUUAUUUAUUACAUGUUCAAGCAG